AGACGGUCAUUAAAGGGAAGAUAACUCUAAUAUCCUCUAACACCUGAUAAGGAUAUUGAGUCAUUGACAACUCGACUGUCUACAACUGGGACAGCUUUCAAUGUUGAGAAGAUGGCGGCGCUGUACAAGACAGCGGGCAAGCAUGUCCUAAGAUGUAUUAGAUGCCGGUUGCCCCUGUGGACGUCGGUCAGUCGUGGAGUGACAAGUCUAGAAUAUGAGAAGGAUCAGCACAAUGGUGUGACUGUCAACCUCGCCCAGCUUCCAGCCAGCACAACAGAGCAACAAUUCCACACACAACUUAAAGUGUGCUUACAGUCUUGGAAGGCGGAGGAGAGGUCAGCAGUGUGGCUACAGGUGCCUCUAACUCAUAGUCGACUGAUCGCUGCUGCAGUAGACCACGGCUUCACAUUCCACCAUGCGGAGGGUGACAAGGCCAUGUUGAAGCUGUGGCUCAACUCCUCCCAGUCCGACAGGACACCUCGGUUUGCCACCCACCAAAUUGGAGCAUCAGGGUUUGUUGUGAGACAAGAUCUUCAACAGGUGCUAGUCAUAAAAGAUAAAAACAGCAAGUUUAAUUUGUGGAAGUUCCCUGGUGGAUUGUCAGACCUGGGAGAGGACAUAGGUGCUACAGCUGUAAGGGAGGUAUUUGAAGAAACUGGUGUUAAAACAGAAUUCCAGUCUAUCCUGGCAUUCCGACAGCAACAUCAGCAACCUGGAGCGUUUGGCCGCUCCGACAUCUACGUCGUCUGCCGCCUGCGACCUCUCACCUUUGAACUGUCACCAUGCAGCGCAGAGGUGAAGGCCUGUCAAUGGAUGCCCUUGGAGCAGCUUCGGAACGAGAUGGCUCGCUCUCCCAUUACCAAACGUCUUGUCGACAUCGUCAGGUUCGGACUAGAAGAGGGCUUCGACAAUGUCGACAUUUUGUCGGAACAAAUGGCGUCAGUGUAUAAAGGUUUAACGUAUAAACUAUAUCACCGAACUUUGCCGAACAAAUGGAAGGUUUGACGUCAAUGGUGUUUAUAGGCGUUGUGCUAAGCAAGGCGCGUUGAUCACAGGCAUUAAUUAGUACAUUUACUUCUAAUGAAGUCUUUGCUUACUUUAAAUCAGGAUGGAUUUUUGUAGUCGCGUCUUUUUGAUGCGACUUCACUCCUACAACUAUGCAAGGGUUUUAAUGUGUCUUAACUCCGUGGCUAUGCAUAGUAUCUUGCCUCGGAUGACUUGUUUUUAGAUCGAUUGCCAUUUAAUUGUAUUUGUUUGUAUGUUCACCUGUUUCCGAUAACGCUGGUGAUUUUAUGCGGAGACGCUAAUGCUUACAAACGAUUAUGUGCCAACACCACUGAAAUAUGAGCAAUGGGAAUAUUUUGUUAUACACGUGUACUUUAGCCUAGCGUGUUGGUAGUGUCAUUGUGAGAGGAAUCUGGUGCGACUGAAAUUGAAGAACUGCAGGGGGGUCCAUUCGCUUUUAAUUAACUGACGAGGGACUUUUGGCUCAAGGAAUCAAAUCUGAAAACUUGUUGGAACCCUGGAUAUACAUAUCUGCUGACUGGGAUUGUGUACGUUUGGCCAUGGACGUCAUCGUAUUGAAUACUGAAUCAGCCGAUUUUUAUGAGAUGGUGAUGAGAAUGCACAACCUUUUUGCAUUUAUCAGGCAGAUUGGUUAAUAUACUCCCCGGGGAGCUGAGAAAGAAAUACGAAUGCACACAUGGGCGAAUGUAUUGGUAUAAUUUUUUCUUUUACAAAUUGCGUCUACAGGGUAAGGCAAGAUGCGCUGUGUAGUCACGGUUACCGUCAAAUACGCUGAAAGUCACAGAACGAUGACUUAAGUAUUAGGGUGAGGGGUAUGUUUUACAUGUUGAUCUCUGGAGACACGAUUACCUCUGAUUCCUGUCUACACAAUAUGUAAUAUAUAGGAAUAUAUACAUUAUGUUAUAACCGGCUAUUGGCCGACCUACUGUUGAGAUUGUAUUCUGAGCAGGGACGGCUUUAAUUAUUGAUUGCAUUGCAGAUAUAUAUCACAAUAAACAGUUUUUAACUUGA